UCUGAAAUUUUAUAUAAUGUGUAAUGAUUGUUGCAAAGAGUUCACAGGAUGGUGUAAAUCAUUUACUAAAACAGAAGUUUUCCUAUGUGUCUUACAAGCUAUAUUUCUUGUAGUGUUCAUUGCAUUUCUGACAUUUCUAAUACUGCAUCUUGUGGUUUGCUCAAAAAAUAAAGGCCCUGUUGAGACUGAACCAAUUGUUAACACUAAAAUAGACCCUACAGAAGAUACAAAUACUGACGAAAAUUACAAAGAAUCUGAAAGCAGUACAGAUUCUGUUACUACAAAAAAUGUAAUUCAUACUGAAAAUGUGACAAAUCAGACAGAAACAGCUACUCUAACUGAAAAAUCUGAAGUUACAGUUGAUACAGAUAUACCAACUCAAGCCAGCACAUUAGAUAAAGCAGUCAAAUGUACUUGGAAACCAUCUGAAAAAACUAAAGCUUUUACACACUACUAUGAAAGUGAUCAAAGUCCAAUGAUGACUACAAAGUUUGAUAAAUCUGUAGUUACAAAAGAAAUUGACGAAAUUGCUGUUGAAAACAAUAUGGAUUCUAAACUUGAUGAUAAUAAAUUACUAGAAGAUUCAACAGAUGGCGAAGAGAUACAUGACUCUCGUAAAGAUUUCCUCGUAGCCCUUGUAAAGAUUAAACCUCCACAAGACGUUACUUUUGGUUGUACAUUAACGGUUGUGAGUGAAUACUGGACUUUAACCGCUGCUAGCUGCAUAGAGGCAAUAGAAGAAGUAGAUUCCCUUGAUUCCUUUGUCAUGAUGCGAGGGUUUAAAGAGGAAAAACAAAACAUACAUCCAGUAGCAGAUGUCAUGAUACAUCCACAGUAUGAAGGGGUGAAUUUGACUUAUGAUUUGGCAGCUUUGAAGUCUGAGACUAGUUUAUUAACUAAUAGGAGUUCAGUUGUAACAUUGCCGAGCAUGAUUGAUUAUUUCCUCAUUACUAUUGGAGAGAGACUUGCGAUUCUUGGAUAUGGGAGGUUCAGGAACAUCGACAAAGAUCCGCUAACGCGCAGCGUGCGCGAGGUGUCCGUCCACAGCAUGCCCCUGUCUGUGUGUCCCACCGCGCGCGCCACGUGGUCGCUCCGGCACCUCGCCGGGGGCGCGCCGGUGACGCACGGCGCCUGCGGGGCCUCGCCCAUCUGCGCCGGGGUGCUCCGCGCCCGGACGUCGCCCUGUAACUACUGCUCGGGAACCCCGCUGUUGAACCAGGACGUGCUGCUCGGAAUCAUGAGUGAUAACCAGCACUGUGGACUUUCGUGUGAACCCGCGCUCUUUGUUAACCUGGCUCUUGUUACUGACUGGUUACAAGCUGUACUUGGUUCUGAUUAAAUUGGGUUUUUUAUUACA